AUGAUCUACGAGUACUACCAAGGCGAGCAAUCGAAGUGGUACCCUUACUUCCGUAUCCUUCCCUCGAGUUUCGAUACGUUGAUGUUCUGGACAGAUGAGCAACUAUUAGAACUUCAAGGCAGUGCUGUUGUUGGAAAGAUUGGCAAGGCUGCGGCAGAUGACACCAUUUUGCAAAAAGUGGUUCCGCUGAUACAAGCCAACCCUCGCCAUUUCCCACCCAGACCUAAUAUGCCUCCACUCAACUCAUCUGAUAGUCAGAAUGCCUUACUUUGUCUUGCCCAUCGUAUGGGUAGCAUUAUCAUGGCAUAUGCCUUUGACAUAGAGAAGACCGACGAGGUAGAUGAGGACACGGCUGAAGACGGCUAUAUGACUGAUGAUGAGGACGAGCCAGCCAAAGGCAUGGUUCCUCUAGCAGAUAUAUUCAAUGCAGAUGCACAGAGAAAUAAUGCACGUCUUUUCCAAGAGGAAGGCUCGUUUGUGAUGAAGGCUAUCAAGAAUAUACACUCAGGAGAAGAGAUCUUCAAUGAUUAUGGAGAGCUCCCACGGGCGGAUCUUCUUCGCCGAUACGGCUAUGUCACCGAUAAUUAUGCCCAAUACGACGUCGUUGAAUUUUCGUUGGACAGCAUUUGCAAAGUUGCUGGUUUACCUGAUAGCGAGCCUAGCUCUACUAACCCCCGGCUUGAGCUCCUGGACAACCUCGACAUGCUUGAGGAGGGAUACAGUAUACCCAGGAUACCACCGAAUGGAACAUUAAAGGACACAAUACCGAAGGAUUUCCUUGUUUUGCUUCGGGCCUUAACCCUGCCUAUAGAGGAUUUAAAUCGACUCAAAGCAAGAAACAAGGCCCCUAAGCCCGAGUUUUCAACUUCAGAAGCAUCCCUUUUGCGGUCUCUAGUGACCUGUCGACAAAGCGAAUACCCAACAUCCGUCCAGGAAGAUGAAAGUAUACUUCGCUGUCUUGAGCAACAAAACGGAUAUAUCAAUGACUCAAUUCCUAUCCGCAAGAAAAUGGCAGUACAGGUAAGGAAGGGAGAAAAGGAAAUUCUCACUCAAAUAUUGACCCUACUAGAUACCCAAGAUACCCAUUUGGUGCAACCUGACCAGAACGGCUCAACGAAGCGCUCAAUGACGGACGACGAGAAGAGCUCCAAGAGAAAAAGACAACUUUGA